AUGAAGGAUGCAAUUCUUAAAGCGUAUCAGCUAAGUGCUGAGUAUUAUAGAAACCGUUUUCGAAAUUGUAUUAAAGAACAGAACCAGUCAUUUGUAGAGUAUAUGCAUAAAAUUUCUAAACUGCAAACUCGUUGGUUAUCUGCAAGUAACGUCAAUGAUUAUAAUAAAUUAAAGGAACUUGUGUUGUUGGAACAAUUCAUAAGGGGAGUGUCGCCAGAAAUUCGCAUGUACCUGCUGGAGCGCGAAGUCAGUACAGUUGAGAGAGCAGCUUUGUUAGCUGAGAAUUUUAACUUGAUUUCUAAAAGUAAAGUAAAUGAAGGACAAGUGUCAGAGCCUAAACCUGUAGCUAAUUACACCUUUGUAUCAACAGACAAUGUCCAGGAUCUGUCGCAGCGUACCUCGAGCGAUCAUGAUUCAUUUCAGCCUUUCAUCUUCUCUGGUUCCGUGGCCUUAGAUGAAGCUAGUCCUUCUGUUCCCGUGUCUGUAUUUCGUGACACUGGUGCUUCACAUAGUGUCGUUUUGAAGGAGGCAGUUCCUUUUCUGGAGGAUGCAUACACUGGGAAGUAUGUGGUAGUGGAAGGUUUUGGAGGGUGCGUUACAGUGCCCCUUUGUAAGCUUUAUCUGAGGACGGAUUUGGUGAGUGGACCUGUUGUAGUAGGUGUUCAUGAUUCGUUGCCUAUUAAGGGAGUAUCAUUUUUGAUGGGGAAUGAUAUUGCGGGGAUUCGACUGCUACCUAAUCCUGUUGUUUGUCCGUCCCCAGUUGCUUAUGAUCCUGCUGUAGAUGUUGCAAGAAUUAAUCCAGGACUUUUUCCAGCAUGUGCUGUAACGAGAAGUCAGGCGAAGAAGUUGCCAAGGCUAUCUGAUAGAAGUGUUGGUCAGAAUGAGCUUGGUCUUGAAUGUCUAUUUGGUGAUGAAGCUGCUGUUGAGAAAUCUGAUGAAUCUCUAAGGUCACUACGUAAUACAGCCGUGUCAAAAUCAGAGGUUCAGUCAUUGCCAUCAGGGUAUUAUCUAAAUUCAGGGAUAUUGAUGAGGAAAUAUAGACCACCUGAAGUACCGGCAACCGAUUCGUGGCACGAAGUUUUUCAAGUGGUGGUACCAACUUGUUAUCGACCUAAAGUUAUUAGUUUGGCUCACGAUUUGGGUGGAGGGCACUUGGGUAUCAAGAAGACACUCGAUAAAGUCCUCAGAUAUUUUUAUUGGCCAGGUGUUACGUCAGAUGUAACGAGAUAUUGUCGAACUUGUGAUAUUUGUCAAAGGGUUGGUAAACCUAACCAAGUUAUCCCACCUGCACCUCUUAAGCCUAUCCCUGCAUUUGAGGAACCAUUCUCAAGGGUAAUCAUUGAUUGCGUUGGACCUCUUCCCAGAACAAAGAGCGGAAAUAGGUUUUACUUACCCUCAUGUGUGCCAGUACUAGGUACCCGAGGCAAUUCCUUUGAAACGAGCUACAUCUCGUACUAUCGUCCCAGUCUUGAUCAAAUUUUUUACACAUAUAGUGCCACAGCUUAUCGGCCACAGACGCAAGGUGCCCUUGAAAGGUACCAUCAAACACUUAAGAGUAUGCUCACGAAAUAUUGUCAUGAAACGGGCAGUGAAUGGGAUCUAGGAGUGCCUUUAAUGUUGUAUGCCAUAAGAUGUACUAAGCAGGAGAGUCUCGGGUUCUCACCAUAUGAAUUGUUAUUUGGGAGAGACAUCCGCGGACCCAUGAAAUUAUUGUAUGAAAGCUGGAUAGAAUUUAGAAAGAGCACAGUGCUCAAUGAAGGAACAUAUGAUAGAAAUGCAAUUGAACGAGAAUUUGGUAUUGGGGAAAAAGUGCUAUUGUUUUUACCUGUUAGAAAACAACCAUUAACUGCAAAAUAUCAGGGACCUUUCAAAAAAUACCACCCACGUAGACCGGAAGCUGCCAGUGCCUUGUGUGCGAUCUUUGUUCCUGAAGAGCGGGGAGAUACUGCCGCUUCACCUGAGAUGGAGAGUGACUUUGAUGUGGGCGAUGUUGGGUUCAAAUUGCAAAAUAGUGACAUUCUGAAAAAUCCAAACUCUAAAAUUUCUCAUUUAUCCCAUGAACAGCAGCAAGAUAUCUUGUGUGUGCUUCAGCAGUUUAGUGAUGUUCUUGGAGAUAUACCGAGACAGACGCACCUGGUGACCCAUGACGUAAAGCUUGUUGACGGGGCUAUUCCUGUCAAGCAAGCACCUUAUAGAAUGUCUCCUUACAAAGCAAAAAUUAUGGAAGAGGAGGUAAGCUUUUUACUCAAAAAUGGUCUUGCCGAACUUAGUGAGAGUGAAUGGGCAUCACCCUGCGCACUCGUGCCAAAAUCUAAGGGUUGGAGAAUGGUGACAGACUAUAGGAGGAUUAAUGAACUCACUAAAGGGGACUGCUAUCCUUUGCCUAGAAUAUUGGAUAUAAUAGAUGCCAUUGGGGAGUCCAAGUUCAUCACUGUAAUUGAUCUCCUGAAGGGCUAUUAUCAGGUGCCCUUAUCACCUAAGGCGAAGCAGAUAACAGCGUUUGUGACCCCUAAUGGGCUUUAUAACUAUUGUGUGCUUCCAUUUGGUUUAAAGAAUGCGCCUAGCUCAUUUCAGCGGCUGACGGGUUCGAUAAUACGGGAUCUCAAAGGGGUAAGGGUAUACAUAGAUGACCUUGUAGUUUACAGCCGUAACUGGGAGGACCAUGUGGCAACACUGCGAUCCCUCUUUGAACGCCUUCAAGAUGCCGGGCUCACUGUUAAUCUGGUCAAGAGUGAGUUUGCACAAGCGAAGGUGAGGUAUCUCGGUCACGAGGUUGGAGGAGGAGAGGUUGCUCCAGUUAAAGCCAAGGUUGAAGCUAUCGAUGAGUUACCUGUACCUAAGAAUAAAAGAGCAGUUCAAAGAUUCAUUGGUAUGGCUGGGUACUACCGUAGGUUUUGUCCAAACUUUGCUGACGUAGCCAAACCAUUAACAGAUCUUUUGAGUCCUAAGAAAGAAUUCAAAUGGACGGUUAAAUGUCAGGAGUCUUUCAGUAAAUUAAAGAACUUUCUAAUGUGUGAACCUGUCCUAAAGUCUCCAGAUUUUGAUAAACCUUUUACCCUCCAGGUAGAUGCCAGUGACGUGGCUGCAGGAUCAGUUUUGUUGCAGGAAGGAAAAGACGGGGUUCUGCACCCGGUCUGUUACUCGUCUGCGAAGUUCAAGCCGCACCAAACUCACUAUAGCACGAUAGAAAAAGAAGCUGCCGCUCUUCUCAUGGCUCUUGAAAAGUUCGAUGUGUACUUGAGCUGCACGCCAUACGAGAUUGAAGUCUUUAGUGAUCAUAACCCGCUUCAGUUCGAUUUCCCGUUUUCUAGUGAUCAGCUGUUUUUGACAGUUCUGGGUAUGGGCAGUGACUGCGGGGCGGUGACGAGUUUACCUACCAUCCCCCACCCAAAAAAGGAUGGCCUGAGGAAUCAGGAAAGAAGGCUAAAGGCUCCUUGGUGUUCCCGGAAAAACCGUGGCGGAGAUCCAGCCAGAUCGAGGCCCUGGAACCCAAGGUCGAUAUAA